AUGCCUAAUGAUAAAUGGUUAGCUGAUCUUAAAACUACUCUUCAAGUUGCAAAAGCUCGUCUUGAUGUACGAGAAAAGAAGAAAACAGAACAAGUUGCAAAAGAACGUUAUACAGUUGCUGAUUAUAUACGAAAUAAUAAAACUCCUCGAGCACGAAUAGCUGUUGAACAUCUUAUUCGUGAAGAUUAUAAAAUAGAAGCAAUGGAUCGAGUUGAAGCUUAUGUUGAUACACUUCUUAUGAGAAUGCAAUUGGUUAAAGAUCGACCAAAAAAUGGUGCAGUUGAUCCUGCUGUUGAACAACCAUUAGCAAAUAUUUUAUGGGCAGCACCAUAUCUUGCACAAGAUAUACCUGAACUUGGUCAAGUAACAUUAAUGUUUAAAAAACAUUUUGGACCUGAGUAUGUAACAAUGUGCGAACAAAAUAAAAUUGGCAUGGUUGACGUUGAUUUAUUACGAUGUUUAAGUUGUGAUUUAAUACCGAAAUUACUUAUUGAAAAAUAUUUAGUUGAAAUAUGUCGAAGUCAAAAUGUUCCAUUUGAACCUGAUCAAACUGUUAUGGCACAAGAUGAAUUUUGGAAUAUUGGACAACGAUAUGUUCAACAUCCAACUAGUAAUGAUGAAAAACGACCACCUCCACCACCGUCAACUGGAGGUAAUUCAUCAACAAGUGGUAGUGGAUAUGGUGGAGGAGCAGGAGGUGGAGGUGCUCAUGCAAAUUUUCCAAACGUACCUUCAGCUCAACCAAGUGCACCAGAGUUUGAAAAACCACCACCAAAUUAUUCACCUCAACAACCACAAUAUCCAAACAUUAAUUAUGGUCCAUCGAUUCCACAACCACCACCACCAUCAUCAUCAUCAUCAUCAUCAAAUACACCACAUAUUGGUUUCAAUGUACCCAAUGAUGCUAGAUUACCAUUUAAUGAUCCAUUUCCUCAAGUACCUAGUGCACGUGAUCAUUUUACACCACCGCCAUUACCACCAUCUCCACCAACAAAUAAUGGUUCAGAUGAUCCUGGUUUUGAUGAUUUAGCUCGUCGAUUUGAAGAAUUAAAAAAACGAAAAUAA